UACUUCGGGUUGAGUUAAAAACGCCUAGGCCUACUUCACUAUGUAACACUCAUUUUUGGAAUUUCUUUAUUUUUUUACUUAAAUCUGGUUUUUCUCUACAAAAACCUUUAUUUCUCAGAAUCACAAACAACCUUCAUAGAUUCCUUCUGCAUUUCACAUUUAUUUUCUUUUUUAAGUAUUUGAUUUGUCAUAAAGGCAUUUUCAUUUUGAUUAAAUGAUGAACAAGAGAUGUGAAUCUUAUCUUGAGGAAGAAACAUGAGAUCUUUGAGCAGUGUUGGACUUGCUCUAAGCAUAGUCUUUGGUUGUUUGCUACUAGCUCUUCUCGCUGAGCUCUACUACCUGCUCUGGUGCAAGAAAAGGAGGUCGACAACGACUAGACCUGAUAUCCAAAAUGACUAUUCUACCCCUGCAACAAGAGAGCUUCUCUUCAUCCUCUGUUGCAGCACCAACCCUUCUUCUUCCUCGUCUCCUCCUUCGUUCUCUAGCCCUAAACCCAUUGGAACUCAACAGCAAUGUCUUCUUCCUCAUGAAGGCGACGAAGGUGGGUUUGGGAACGUGGUGGGUCCAGGGCUAGUGCCGAGGUUCCUGUUCACUAUCGUGGAAGAAACAGUGGAGGAAAUGGAAUCCGAAGAUGGUGUUUUCACAAAAGGAAAGAGUUUGAAUGAUUUGUUUCUAAAUAUGGAAAGUGGUUCAACUCCUCCGUUUCUCACUCCUCGUGCUUCUCCUUCGCUGUUCACGCCUCCUUUCACUCCGUUAACGGAGUCUUGUAAUGGAAGAAAAGAAGAGGUCUUCUUCGAGUCAUCGACUGAUGCUGAGUUUAACAGGCUAGUGAGGUCAUCACCACAUUCACCAGCAUCAUCUUCAUCGCCAUUGCCGAGAUUCAAGUUCUUGAGAGACGCAGAGGAGAAGCUUUACAAGAGGAAAGUGACCGAGAUUUCAGAAGAAGCUGAGGAAGUCAGCUAGGGUUAAAUUGGUAAAAACAGAGUUUUAAGAGCCAGAUUGUUGAAGAUGAGGUUUUUCAUCAAGAACAUGACAAAAGGUGGUCCAAGAACUUAAAAGAGUUUCAAAUCUUUAUACAAUUGAAAUUUUUGCUAAUUUUUUUCUUUGGAUUUUAAUUGUCUUGGUAAAUUUGAUUUUAGCGUUUUGGCUGCUAUGCUUACCUUGUCAUCAGCAUUCUUUGGUCUGAAUUAUUUUGGCUCGUCGUUGGAUUAAGCCAGUUUUGUAAAUUUUCAGUGGAUUAAUAAUUUGUUUAGCCAAUAGUUUGUGUGAUUAUUAAAUCAUGA